AUGUUGCGACAGCAGCAACGCUCAAUGCUGCUUCGGACAUUGUGGCCCAGUCAUCUGAGACCAAAGACAGCAGAAUUUCCUCAGCAAGAGUGCUGCGCUAUGCAAUCUUCGGCUCACUGGAUGGCUUUGCAGGCCAUCAUUGGUUUGAAGCUUUGGAUGCUGCCCCUAAGACAGGGGACUUGGUCUUGGACACUGUGGCAAAGGUCCUGGCAGAUUCACUGCUAUACACACCAUGCUGGUGCGUUGCCUUCCUGA